UCAGCACUGCACUGAGACCCUUUGUCAAGAUAUAUCGGGAAUGUUGUUCACAUUGUUGCUCACGUUGGCGGCGUUGUUUUGUAAUAUUUCUGCGACUUUGGGUGCCACCUCCUCUCCACCUACGCUGCAAAUCUGGGGACCGCCAACCGCAGUGCCAAUCGGAGCCACCCUGACACUCACAUGUCAGGUGACCGGAAAACCACAUCUAACUCUCACAGGAUGGAGAAAGGACGGAGUGGAUAUAACAGCAGGCGGAAAGUUUAGCGAAAAAGUAUCGGGUACCUUUCAAGUGCUGCAAGUGUGGACUGUUAGCAAGUCAGACGAAGGACGAUACGAAUGUGUGGCAGAUUCCGAGCACAUGAACCAGACAGCUAGCUAUACAAUACACGUUCAAGAGCCACCUCAGAUAUACAACUUUUCAGACGCGACUAUUGUUAGUGAGGGUGCCAGUGUAAUGCUGCAUUGUUUGAGUAAAGAUCAUUUGUUUUUGAGAUGGAAACUUAAUGGUGUGUAUGUUGACUACUUGCCGAGAUAUCAGGUUUUUGAUGUUGGAGAGCGAAUGUUAAUUGAGAAUGUAACUGAGAGUGAUGCUGGUGUUUACACGUGUGUUGCAUUCAAUCAACGCUUUGAGACUUUGAAGGACAUAGAACUAGUUGUAAAAUAUGCACCAAAGGUCGUAGCAGAACCACAAGAUACUGUUAUGCCGAUUGGAUUCUCAGCUGUGCUUCGAUGCAUUGGCAAAGCCAUGCCUCAUGCUCAAGUUAGUUGGUUGAAGGACAACAAGUCUAUUUCUGCAGACACUCGAUUAGUGCAAGAGAACGAUGGGUUGCUUUUUAUGAAACUUCGUGCAAACGAUAGUGGAGAGUAUCGCUGCUUGUUGAAAAAUGCCAUCGGAACAACAUCAUCACGGCCAGCCAUCCUUCAAGUUAUUGCCUUGGAGAGUUUUGUCCAACAAAAUAUUUCAACCAUUUAUGAUCACUCAGUAUCUCUUCCUUGCAACGACAGCCAUCAGUGGACAACAGACAAUGCAGUUAUCGAUUUCAAGUAUGACAAUGAUGUAAACCUGCUGCACAACGGAUCACUACAACUAACCAAGACAACAUACGAAACCGAACACCAUUACUACAGCUGCCUUUUACACAUUCUCAAAGCUCACAAAUUUCAAUUUCAACUCAAGAACUUCCACAUUACAGUCAAUCAGCCGGAUGAGGCACCUGUUAAUAUAACUGUUUUACAAGACGUAGUUUCUUGGAGUCAACCAGCCUUGACUCAACCAAUCUUGAGAUACAAUGUUACCAUCAUAUCAACGGUAGACCAAUCUGUGUUAUAUUCGACGAUUGUAGGCGACUCUGUGAUGGCCCUGGAAAUGCCAGAUUUGCUGUCAGGCUUUGACUAUUAUCUCAGCAUUGAGACCGUCACGGCUGUGGGCAACUACCCAAGCAAGCCAUUGAGAUUUCACUAUGCAAGAAUCCCUCCUACUGGAAGUUACGCUGUCAACGAUACAGCAAAAGCAACUGAUUCUACAAAGCUCAUUAUCGUUGAUGGUCCAGCAGUGUAUCAUGGCAAUUCAGGUAACGACAAAGACACGACUCAGGAAUCUGGCCGGAGCACUCCAUUCAUUGCUGGUAUGUCUCUCGUUGGAGUCAUAAUUAUUAUCACAACAAUUAUCUACGUUAUCUGCCGAAAACGAAAACGUCGGUGCUACAGACAACUCCAGCAAAGAAACGAUACUUCAGGUCUAAUAUAGACCUAGACAGUGAAUGAGUUGUGUUUGAUAUUAAUCAAGUGUGUGCAACUCGAUCACUACAUCAUCAUCAGUGCGGAGCACCUACUUAUGGAUAUGGCAAU